AUGAGCACGACUGCCCUGAUCCCCGCCCCGGCUCAUACGCUCGCGGAUUCAAUGUUGUCCCGACACUUUGGCAAAGAGACGGUUAAUUACUUCUCCAGUUCUCCAAUCAAUCGUCUAUCUUUCUUGCGCUCCGACCACCCGUUCCUGUCCAGUGCUCUAAAGCACCCUUCGACCCGAUUUGUACUGUUGAACAACCUAGCGCCCUUGACUCCGUCACCGUCGCAGCUAUACUAUGCCAAGUAUGACGAUGUACGCAAGCUUGUUCCCCAGGAUAUCUUCGAUAAAUCCGAGGAAGACAUGAUCAAGAACUAUGACUCGCGCAAGACACACCCGACCCUUAUAUUCCUCGGACUGGACGAGAGUCACAAGGAAGGGGGUCUGACGUACAAGAUCUACUCUGGCACGCCGUAUUUUGCAGUCGACGUGACCCCCAAGGGACCUGAAGAGCAGCAGACUGCAGCGAAGGAUAUAAUCGCUGCCAUGGAGGCGAAGGGACUGUCAUUCUUCCAAACACGAGUUGUCAUGUCCUUCUCCGCAGAUGAAGCUGCUAUCUAUGCACAAGCACGUGCGCUGAUGGACUGGAACACUCGCAACACCUUCUGUGGUACAUGCGGCCACCGUACUUUGGCCGUGAAUGCAGGAACCAAGCGUGCCUGUCCACCGACGGAUGUUGCACUAGGAAUUGAGGGCAAGUUGGAAGAGCGGCCGGAGUGCAAUACCCGCACUACGCUGUCAAACCUUUCCUUCCCCCGUACCGAUCCGACUAUCAUUGUUGCGGUGGUCUCCGCUGAUGGCAAGCGGGUCCUCCUCGGGCGCUCCAAGCGCUUCCCGCCAGGGUGGUAUUCCACCUUGGCUGGAUUCAUCGAGCCAGCGGAGUCAAUCGAGGAUGCCGUGCGGAGAGAGGUGUGGGAAGAAUCCGGCGUCACUUUGUCCCGCGUUGUUAUCCACUCCUCGCAGCCUUGGCCGUAUCCGGCCAAUUUGAUGAUUGGUGCUAUUGCCCAGGUCAGUGACCCCGCUCACGAGACCAUCUCUUUACUGCAUGACCCUGAGUUGGAGGAUGCGCGGUGGUUUGAAAUUGAGGAGGUGCAAGAGGCGCUGCGCAUUGGUACAAGUGACUUGAGUGGUCCGGCUGGUCCAGAAUACAAGGGCGGUUUGCGAUUGCCCCCUCCUACGGCUAUUGCCAAUCAGUUGAUUCAGGCUGCUGUCAGCGCAGAGUAUUUUGCGGCAGAUAAGCAGUCUAAGAUGUAA